CAGUCUCCGCUAGGGUUCGCAUUCUUAAUGUUUUGUGUUAUUCAGAUUAACGAGACUUGGAAAUAUGUCACAGAUUUAUGAAGUCUUUCUAGAGUUUCAGGAAUUGGUGCUUGUUUUACAUCAGUAAAAUGUGGAGAUCUGGAGGUGAACUACACCCUCAUAAGCCAAAAUUAUUUUCAACUUGAGAGAAACGGUGUGUGAUGGAUGAAAGCCUGUCACAUUCUUAAGUGUAAUUAAUAUAAUGUGCAUUUUAGAGCACUUGGAACUGAUCCACCCAUAGAAGAGUGACUGGAUUUUGGAUAGGAACAUUGAAGGCACAGCAUGGAUGGAGCCAAGCAUAGUACCACUAACAGCGGAAUGCUGGGAGGUGCCAUCAGUUCCCCCCGUUCAAUCUCAAUGGCCAGCAUCAGCUCUGAGGGCAGCAUGGAGAGCCCUCUAGUGGAACAAGAAGAAAUAGCUGCCCUCACCCAUGAUGUACGUAAUUUCAAGGAGUCCCUUGGAAAACUUCGAAAGAUAUUCCAUCCUGACUGGGCAGACAGAGUUUCAGACAAAAGUGACACCCUACGUGUAGCAGUUCAUGAACGACUUGGAGAGAUAUUGAGAAUAUUGAGAAGUGUCCUGGAGAGGUAUCCAGCCCUGCAGUCCACUGAACUCUUGGUAACUGCAGGGACUCUCAUACAGCAAGUCAAAGGGUACAACUAUGAGGGUGAGCAGCUGGAUCGAAAAGAGUUCUUCGAAUCCAUUGACCAACUAGCUUUAGCUUUCAGCAGCAGGGUUUCAGAAUAUCUGAUGGGGGACCUGGAUACCAACAUUUCUGUAUCCAGCUCUGUAUCCAGCAAGACAAAGUCUUGUGAGAACUUGGCAUCAGAUGCUGAAUGUGGAGGAGGGAUUGCAGAGGACAGGAAGCCAGAAAAUCUCUCGCCUCAACAAGUUGAUGGGCUGCUCCUACUGUUGGAACAAGGAGUGGAUUUUGCACUGCAACAUGCAAAACUAUGGUCAAAGUAUGCUAAGGAUAUAAUAAUGUAUGUGGAGAAACGUGCUCAUAUUGAAAUGGAAUAUACCAAGAACCUAAGUAAACUUGCAAUGACUGUUCGGCCACUCAUCAAUGAAGAGUGUAACUUACCAUUCCAGUCCAUCUACUGCACUGCACUAGACCAUGAUGUGGAAAACAGCAAUUCCAGCCAAAUCACAUAUGGUUUACUUUUAGGGAAGAAAUUUGUAGAGACAUUAAGUGCACGGCGUGUAGAACAUGAGAAAAUGCGCAAACAGGUGAAGGAGCUGUGGCUUAAAGAAGUGGCACACAUGCACAGUGUAGUUACCCAGAUGCAAAAAGCAUGCAGCAAGUAUGUGAAAUGUCAGCAGGAAUUGGAACAAGUCCGUGAAGAAUCACAAAAGGCUGACCAGUCCGCACAAGGAAAAACUGAUAAAAGAAAAGCCACAAUUGAUGAAGCUGUACAGAAGGUUCUAGAAACAGAAGCAGCAUACAAGGCGAGUGUUGUGGAAGCCAAUGCAUUCCAUGCACACAUGCAGAAAGUGAAGUCAGUAAUUCUGCAGCGUAUACGAGAGCUGAUUUUGCAGAGUGAUUGCAUUAUUAAGAGAGUUACAGUCACUUACUUCCAGCUUCAGCAAACAUUGAGCACACCUCUUCCCACACAGUUUCAGACAUUAUGUGAAAGCAGCCAGCUUUAUGAUCCGGGUACACAGUAUACAGAAUUUGUCAAAAGAUUGCCAACUUCUUUGGCAUCUCACAAAGAUCCUGCCCAGUCACCUUUCAGUUUUGAACCCUACUCCAAAGGGAUUAAUAAAUUCCUGGAUCAAGAGAGAAAGUCAACUGAUUCUGUUGAGAGUGAAGACUUGUUUAGAGAAAAAGGAAAAUUCAGUUCAAAGGUAAUGGCUGGUAGUGACACUGAUAGCAUUGCCAGUAGUCAGAGCAACAAGAGCCACGAGGCAUCCCCCACGUCCAACCGCAAGCUUAUUGGAAUGUCUUCAUGUGAUGAACUCAACACAAAUGAUAAUGAUGCCAGCUACCUUAACUACAGUUCUGGGCAGAGAAACUGCAUGUCUAAAGCAGCAGAAACUCACACUUUCCGAAAACUGAAAACACCAUCCCGAUGCAGAGAAUGUGAUUCAUAUGUGUACUUCCAGGGAUGUGACUGCACUGAGUGUGGAUUAACUUGCCACAAGAAGUGUCUUGAAACUUUGGCCAUCCAGUGCGGGCACAAACGUCUGCCACGCAAGAUGACUACUUUCGGUGUUGAUCUAGGCCAACAUCUCACUGAGACAGCUACGCUUGUGCCACACAUUGUCUGCAAGUGCAUUGAUGAAAUUGACUCCCGUGGUAAGCUGAUCAAGGGAAUCUACAGAGUAUCUGGAGUUAAAUCUAAAGUUGAGAAAUUGUGUCAAGCAUUUGAAAAUGGUGCAGAGUUGGUAGAUUUGACUGAUAUUCACCCUAAUGUCAUAGCAAAUGUGCUGAAACUGUAUUUGCGGCAGUUGCCAGAACCUCUUCUUACCUUCUGCCUUUACAACGAAUUUGUAAGAAUAGCGAAAGAUAGUUCCUCCAGUUCAUCGGUAGCAGUAGGAGCAGUGAUAGAGGAACUGAAGGAAUUGGUGUGUAAGCUUCCCCACCACCAUUAUUUGACCUUGGCAAUGCUCAUGCAACACUUGGAGAGGGUUGCACAUGAUGCUGAUAUCAAUAACAUGCCUCCCAGUAACUUGGGAAUUGUGUUUGGACCAACUCUGUUGCGUACAGCUGAGGGCAGUGCAUCACUGAACUCCUUGGUGGACACUGUACACCAGACUCGAGCCAUAGAACUCAUGAUUGCAAAUGCACAAGAGAUCUUUGGAUGUCAAGAUGUAACUAGUGCCCAAGAAUAUGCCUGUGCUGAAAUGGGUUUCAGUCGCAGGCACUGUACAAGGAAAAAAAUUAGAGCAGCUGAUUCAUUAGAAGGAAAUCGUGAAGCAGGAGAAGAAAUAGCUUCUGACGACGAGCUACCAUAUUUCUUACUUCCCGAUGACUUAACAGGCUGCAAGUACAUGCCUCAUGAAAAGAUGCCAAAAGUGUUUGAAGGAUCCCUGAAAGAUUAUCAAGGCCUUGAAGGGCUUUCCUUGUUGGCAAAUCAAGGGCCGGGAAAUGACAAUGCUGAAGCAUGUGAAAAGCCCAGGAAGAAUAGUUUAGUUGAAAUGGAGGAAAAGAUUACUGAGAGAAGGCAGUGUGAUAAAAUGGAUGGAGAGGAGUGGACUGCUCAUAAACCCGUACAGCUGAACGCCCAACGUACAGAGAGCUCAGCUGACUCUGACUACAGCUUUGAGUCCCAUGCUAGCAGUUCUGUAGAGAGCCGAAGUCCUCGUGAACUUGAAGAGGGAUGUGAUGUAUUUCUUGAAUUGCCUCAGUGGUGUAAGAGAAAUCCAGGCUCUGCAACAGCAACAGCAACAGCAUACACACAGCUUUCUCCCUCUUCUUCAGUCACUCACUCAACAGAUGAUGCAAGAGAUGGUGCUGAGGCCCUGUCCACAACAUGUGCCACAAGUCCUACUUCAGAGCACAUUACUGCAGUGAGCACUGGAGACAAUUUCGCCUACAUUCCAGCACAUCAGAAGUAUGAUGUCGGCUUGUUAACAGCAAUGCAGAGUGGAGAUAUGCAACAGAAUGUGUCCACCCUCAUAAAUUAUGCAGAAAGGAGCAACAUGGAAAUGCUGCUGUCAAAGACAACAUUUUGCCAUACUGAAAAAAUAUCAUCAUUGAAAUACCCAGGCCUGGAGCUGGUUCCGGUGGAUGAAAAAAGGAUUAUGUCCAUAGAAAUGGGUGAGAAAUUGACCCCACUAUACUCACACCUUGGUGCUUUCCAUUUUUCUGAUGCUUCAACAGAGAUAACAGCAACAAAACGCUCCUCAAAGCCUGAACAUGCAGUUGUAACUGGUAUGGAAAAUGUUAUUGAGCCAGAUAUUGAAUUUCCUGUUCCUUGAUGAGUACGUUAACAGGGCUUGGCUUCAACAACAAGGGAAGCAGUUAUUCGGACAUAGCUGAGUGGUCUACUAAGAUACUUGUAAGUGGCUCUUUUCUUUAAUUAAUAUACAUAGUAAUUCUUAACAUACAAAAAUUAAAACUAAAGUCAUGUUUGUUAAUUUAACAAUUAUACUGAUAUGUAUUAUAUUGUCUUUGAUAGUGUCUAAUUUUUUGUAAUAAAAAUUAUUCUACUGACUUCUGCAUAUAAGUUUGUACCUAAGUCAAUUUCUUUUUAUCAACUUACAAAGUACUAUGUAAGUAACUUAAAUAUUACAUUUAUUCGUUCAAGACAUAAAAUAGUUUUCUACUAAGUCAAAAUGAAUACUGUGAACAUUUUUCUAUAGCACAACAUGAUACAUUAUGUAUUAGCAGUGGAGCAGUGCAUUGUUAUUACCAAAAUAUCCAAAUUAUCCAUCACUUGAAGAAUCAUUGUUGGUCUUACCCAUGAUAAAUAUUUUAACAAAUUUGAACAGAGUCCUAUAGUUAGUUUAUUUUUUUUAGGUUCUUCAUUGACAUGGAGGAGGAUAUGAGAUAGGACUGUGAUGUCUAAUGUUCAUAACAUAGACCCACUGAAUGCACUGUUGAAAUACAAGGAAUUCACCCUUUUUUCUGUGGAUUUCUCUUUUGAAUAGAGUUCAUGAAAAAGAAAACCAGAAGCAAACAUGUAAUACAUUAUUCUUGAUAAAAGGAAUCGGAUAAAUUUGGUUCAUUAAUUUAAAAGUAAGUGGGAGACUCACAGAAACUAGAAAUGAGUGUCAACAUUAGUCAGAAUUUGAAGGAACAGAAUAUAUUCUUUCUCUAAAAUUUCCAUUUAUGUAAGAAGAGGUUUGACUCAUUAUGAUCACAGUUAGAUCAGAGGUUAGAAUGCAAAUAACAUUUCAGUAUACAUUGUUCUCCCCUUGCCACUUAGCCAUGUAUCUUGCAAGUUCUUUAUAGAAUUCUCAUCUGUUUGAAUGAGUGGAAUACAGAAUGUCUCUGCAUUAUUAUAUUAUUAUUUUGCUAAUGUAAUUACUCUUAACAUAGUUGUAUUUAUAUUUUAAUUUAAGAUUAAUGUAGUACAUUGAGUCUAAAUACAAUGGCUGGA